AUGAAAAGAUUCUCUACUGUCACCGUCAUCUUCUUUGUGUUUCUCCUUCUGUCUGCGAUCCAAAACUGUGAGUCUGAAACAAGCAAGUCAGGAGAUUAUAUCAUAUACAUGGGAGCAGCAUCCUCAGAUGAGUCAACAGGCAAUGACCAUGUUGGGCUUAUGAGCACAAUGUUAAAACGGAGCGGGAAAACACCCAGGCACAGAUACAAACAUGGAUUCUCUGGAUUCGCAGCCCAUUUAUCAGAAGAUGAAGCGCGCAUUAUGUCCAAGCAACCAGGAGUAGUGUCUGUGUUUCCUGAUCAGAUGUUACAGCUCCACACAACUCGUUCAUGGGACUUCUUGGUGCAAGAAAGUUACCAAAGACAGACUCAUUUCACUGAAACAAACUCUCAACAAGAAUUAGAUGUGGCAGAAGGAGACACCAUUAUCGGUUUCAUUGAUUCAGGAAUCUGGCCAGAGUCGGAGAGCUUUAACGACAGGCACAUGCACCCAGUCCCAGAGAAAUGGAAGGGCACUUGCAUGAGAGGGAAGAAGACACAACCUGAUUCUUUCCUUUGCAAUAGGAAGAUCAUAGGAGCAAGGUAUUACAACUCUUCAUUCUUCCUAGACCCUGAUUACGAGACACCAAGAGACUUCUUGGGGCACGGGACACACGUGGCAUCGAUAGCAGCAGGGAGAAUCAUCUCUGACGCAUCCUACUACGGCCUAGCAGGAGGAACCAUGAGAGGAGGUUCACCAACUUCAAGAAUAGCAAUGUACAGAGCUUGCUCACUCCUUGGCUGCCAAGGCUCCAGCAUUCUAGCUGCAUUUGAUGACGCCAUCGCGGAUGGAGUCGAUGUUAUAUCUGUAUCCAUGGGAUUGUUCCCAGACAAUGUUCUUGAAGACCCGCUUGCCAUCGGUUCAUUUCAUGCAGUGGAGAGAGGGAUCACUGUUGUUUGCUCUGCUGGUAACUUGGGACCUUCGAGUCAGUCUGUGGUUAAUGCUGCUCCAUGGAUGAUCACUGUUUCUGCCAGCACUAUUGACCGUGGCUUUCAGUCCAACAUUCUUCUUGGAGGAAAGAACAGUAGACUAAUCGAGGGGGUUGGAAUAAAUCUUGCAAACAUUGAUAAAACUCAAGCUAACAAGCUUAUACACGCAAGAUCAGCCAAGAGAUUUGAUGCUAAUGAGGAUGAUGCUAGAACCUGUGCGGCUGACGCAAUGAACGGAACCAUUGUUGAAGGAAAGAUUGUAGUGUGCGACAAUGAUGUUGGCGAGAAGGUGAUCCAAUGGAAAAGCCAAGAGGUUAAGAAACUUGGUGGUACCGGUAUGAUUCUUAUUGACGACAACUCAAUGGAUCUGUCUUUUAUUGAUCCCUCGUUUCUAGUGACGAUAAUCAAAACAGAGGACGGUCUACAAAUCAUGUCCUACAUCAACUCAACAAGAGAACCAAUUGCAACGAUCAUGCCUACAAGAUCACUAACAGGACAUGAACUAGCACCAUCCAUACCAUCCUUCUCAUCAAGAGGUCCUUACUUGCUUACAAGAAGCAUCCUCAAGCCUGAUAUUGCAGCUCCUGGGGUCAACAUAGUAGCAUCAUGGCUAAUCGGUGACUUAAACGCAGCACCACAAGGCAAGCCACCUCCACUGGUCAACAUCGAAUCAGGGACUUCAAUGUCAUGUCCCCAUGUCUCCGGUAUUGCUGCUCGUCUCAAAUCAGAAAACCCUUCCUGGAGUCCUGCAGCUAUCAGAUCAGCCAUCAUGACAACUGGUGAGACAUCUAAAUAUCAAGAAUCGGUUAUGGAUUACAGAUUUGAUCAGCCUCAGUUAACAUUCUCUCUGUCUGCAGCUGUGCAAAUGACCAACACAGGAUCUUAUAUCACUACAGAAGCAGGAGCCAAGGCCACACCUUAUGACUUUGGUGCUGGUCAAGUUACUCUGUUUGGCCCUUCCUCACCUGGACUUGUUUACGAAACCAAUCACAUGGACUACCUAAACUUCCUCUGCUACUUAGGUUUUGCUUCUGAUCAGAUCAGGAAGAUUUCAAACCGCAUGCCACAAGGCUUUGCUUGUCCUGAACAGAGCAGUAAAGGAGACAUAUCCAACAUAAACUACCCAUCAAUCUCAGUUUCCAACUUCAACGGUAAAGAAACCAGAAGAGUAAGCAGAACAGUGACAAAUGUAGCAUCACGCCUCGUUGGAGACGAAGAUACUGUCUACACUGUGAGCAUCGAUGCACCAGAAGGGUUACAAGUCAGAGUGGUACCAAGAAGGCUACACUUCAGGAAGAUAGGAGAUAAACUUAGCUACCAAGUGACUUUCUCAUCAACUUCCAAAUCCACACUCAAGGAAGAUGCGUUUGGAUCAAUCACAUGGUCUAAUGGAAUGUACAAUGUUAGGAGUCCGUUUGCUGUUACCAGCAAAGCCGAUGAUACGCAAGAUCAAUGA